ACGCAUGCGCAAUCAAAUGGCCGACAAGCAAGCAAGUCUCUCACCUUAUGAGGAAAUAGAAGAGUUGAGAAAGAAGUUGGAAAAACAGAAAAAAUCAAAUCGUGAUCAUGAAUUGAAAGCAACAUCAGACAAACUGUCCAGCGUGUCUGUUAACAUGAAAGUACGCCGUUCGCUGAAGGGCCAUCAAAGCAAAGUUCUCUGCUCUGACUGGUCAACAGACAAGCGACAUUUAGUCUCAUCAGCACAAGAUGGACAAAUCAUUGUUUGGGAUGCUUUCUCAUUCACGAAGGAUGUUGAGAUUUCAUCUCCAUCAACGUGGGUUGUUGCUUGUGCAUUUGGACCUUCACAGAACUCAAUAGCAUGCGGUGGACUUGACAAUAAAUGUACAGUCUAUCAGGAAAUUUAUUCUCAGUCUCCGAGAAAAUAUCCCGUUGCCAUGCACACUAAGUUUGUUGCAGCUUGUUGUUUUGUAGGAUCAGACCAAGAGCUUCUAACAGCAAGCGGUGACACCACAUGUUGUCUGUGGGAUGUUGAAACUGGUGAAUUGCUGCAGACAUUUGAAGGUCACGUGGCUGAGGUUUUGAGUGCUACCGUUUGCCCAUCUCUUAAUUCUCGUACUUUUGCUUCAGGAAGCUGUGACUGCACGGUUCGGAUUUGGGAUACAAGAAUGGGAAAAUGUAGUCUGAUAUUUGAGGGUCAUGAGGCAGAUAUCAACUGUGUCAGAUUCCAUCCUUCUGGUGAUACUGUUGGGACGGCAUCUGAUGAUGGAACUUGUCGGCUGUUUGAUUUGCGAGCUGAUGAGCAACUAGCUUGUUACACGAAACCUAGUGUUCUCUUUCCUGCUAAUUCUGUUGAUUUCUCUUUGAGUGGACGCUUGAUAUUCUGUGGAUAUAGUGACAAUAUUAUACGAGCUUGGGACACUUUGAAGGGUGAACACGUCUCUGUUCUCCUUGGUCAUGAAGGACCAGUGAGCUGUGUUCGUAUGUCUCCUGAUGGUACAGCUUUGUCUUCUUGCAGCUGGGAUGGACUAGUGAAGAUUUGGGCAUGAAGGCCACAUGAUGGCACUAGAUGUGCUAACUACAUUGUGAGACGAUAUCAGCAGUGAACAGCAGUAGUCUACUGUGGUUUUGAAAUGAACAAUAGAUUAAUUUAUUGACAGAUAGUAAAGUGUAUGUUACAAAAAGUCAGAGAUGAAUUUGAGACAUUAGAAAAUGUGUAUUUUAAUUAAAAAGCAA